UCAUUGGUGAUAGGGAUGAAAAUGUUUAUAUUGCUCGCUGCUCAAUAUUAUAUUUUUAAUAUAAACAUAUUUUUAAAUACUAAUAUAUCAAUAUAUUAUUCACGAAUAUUGUAUUUAUGUACCUAUCCGUGGUAGACAUAUUCAAUUUUGUAGUAUUAUAAUCUUUGGUCGACACGUAAACAUGACAUUUCCUUUUUAGCGGCUUUUUAUUUAAAGAUUGAGAAAUAAGAAUUAAGAAUUAGAUAUUACAUCGGCUUCCGACCUAAUAGUUAACUCUAGUGGCUGCUUAAUAAAUAUAAACCUAUAAAAUGGAUUUAGUAAACUCCACUUCAGAAUUAAAAAUACAAGAUACAGACCGGCAACAAAAUAAACGAGAAGACUACAUUGAUUGGAAAGACUAUUUUAUGGCGAUGGCAUUUUUAGCUGCAAAACGUAGUAAGGACCCUUGCUUUCAAGUUGGAGCUUGUUUAGUCAAUAAGGAAAAUAAAAUAGUUGGUAUUGGGUAUAAUGGAAUGCCUACAGGGUGUCAUGAUGAUGAUUUUCCUUGGGGAAAAAAUACACCAUCACCUUUGGAUAGUAAAUCCCUUUAUGUGUGUCAUGCAGAAAUGAAUGCAAUAUUAAAUAAAAAUUCUGCUGAUGUAAAAGACUGUACGAUGUAUGUUGGUCUUUUCCCAUGCAAUGAAUGUGCUAAAAUAAUAAUUCAAUCCGGUAUCAUAGAAGUUGUCUAUUUAUCAAAUAAAAGUUGGGAUAAACCAAAAUAUGCUGCAUCAAGGAAAAUGUUAGAUGCAGCAGGUGUCAAGUAUUGGCAAUAUAUACCAAAGCAAAAAAAAAUUGAAAUAACAUUUAUACCUUCAAGCAGCAGCAGUUCUUCAUAACAAAUACAUAAGUAUUUAAAUACAAAUACUAUAUAUUAUUAACAAUAAUAAUUAUUGUGAUAUGAAAAGUUAUAAUUUUUUAAUUUGUUUCAAAUAUACCAUGUUAUACUAAAUGAUAAAAAUGUGAUAUGGCAAUGUAUACUUAUAAUUUGGACGUGUUUUGUAAAAUGAAAUAAAACAAAUUUUGUAAAAUAA